AUGCAGUUCACAACCAGCCUCAUUGCUCUUCUUGCUGCAGCCAGCGCCAGCGCCAUGCCUGGCUCCAGCAAUCUGCUCCAAGCCCGCCAGGCAGUCUGCACAGUCACUGUGCAGUUCUUCAACGGCGGCUGCAAUGGAACUCCGGUCGGGCUUCCCCAGAUAUUCGCCCAAAGCACCAGUGGGGGAUGUAUCAAUAUCAGUGGUACAGCCCCGCGAGGAGCGCCGGAUUUUGCCGUGCUACAGAACAAUGCUACAGUCGACGUCCGUCUGUAUGCCAACGAUGUUUGCGAUGAGAACGACCCUUUCCUCGGCCAUGUCGACAUUCGCCGCGGUACUACAUUUGACUGUUCUCACCUGGAGAGAGGCGUCCAAUCCAUCAGGUGGCUGGUGUAGUGGCAUAGGUCAGAAGAUAUGGGGCUUUAUGACGCUCUAGAGGAAAUGACCUCACGGUCGGUGGUGGCAAAGGAGGAAUAUUUCCUUGACGUAUUGUUUGCUGUGCUUCAAUGCUUGUAUCCUACGCUCGUUUACAUACGUAAC